CUUGUCUUCCCAACCAUCCGAAUAUUGUCAAUUAAUAUGUAUAAUAAAAGGCGAUGCUUGCCAUGGUAGGUUCAAGUUUUCUUUUUCGUCUUGCAGAUCAUUCCCUUCCACUAAGCUGCAAGGUGCAAAAACUCGCCGCCCUCAACCAAUACAAGCAAAACCCCCUUUGAGGCGUUGUCCAAGAUGCAUCUAAGCUUGUCGAUCUCCUUUCUCUUUAUCCUAUCCGUGUUUGAUUCAUCCACAGCAUUGCCUUUCAUUAUACAGAGAAGGCAGCCAACCCAGUCAUUGGUCGCUCGCGCUACAUAUUCUGUAGUCCCGAUUGACGGAAAUGGUUCAGGUUCAGGUUCAGGUUCAGGUUCAACUGAGACUCCUGGCACAAUUGAGACAAUUGUUGUAACUUCCCCACCAGUUACCAACACGAUAGUGAUUACCGCAAGCCCCGCGACCCAGACUGUUGCUACUACAGUCUCUAUUAUAGACAUUCAACCCACAACCAAUGUUGUAACCACCACUGUGACUGAAGACGACAAUGUACCAUAUUCAACUUCAGUUUAUCCAAGCACAGAGUCUAUUACAACAACAUCAUCGUCUAUAUCUACCAUCUCGUCAACUACACCCCCGACGCCGUCAAGUACGGUAGUCACGCCAGCCCUGCCAACGACUUUCUCCGGCACCUCUUCCCCAACGGCAUGGACAACAUCCAUACCAGUGUCCAGUUGGGUGUGGAGCUCAAGUGCUUCUCAUGAUGAUGGUUCGUGGCACACAUCUUAUCUUCCUUGGAAUGGGACUGUGAGCCGUCGAUUUGCUCGUGAGCAAUGAGAUAGCAAUAGCCAUUUUCUACCGUUGCGGCUUCUUUAUGUACUUUUUAUUAUAGGAAUGAAAUGUAUGAGAGCAGGAUAUGGUAUUAAUGGAGUAUUUAGGCGGGGCAGGCCAUGGCUUGGAAUACAUGAACUAAUGUAAUGGAUAACUGGGAUGCUUGGUCUGGUUGCGGACCAAGCAAUGAACUAUACGCAAACCAAGCGCUGGGACGCGUCAAAUUUACCUGGUAUUAUAUGACUAGAGAGAUAUGGGAAUAUAUUACCUAAAGUUGAAAUUAUAUUAUCCAACUUUAAUAUAAUUUUAGGACAAUAUAUUAACUAAAUCAUAUACUAAGUUGUGGAUUACCUCACUUUGACACAAGGAAAACUGUUUCCUAAACAGGUAAUAAGGCUAGCAGUGUGGCCAAUCACCUCACAAGCCCCCUCCUAUUGGCAAAGGCUAGGACUAGUUAUUGACGUUAUAUUCAGUAUUGUGCAGCUA